AUGGAGUCUGAUCUUUCCCAAUCCGCCCAGCUCGCGCGCGAAAAUUCCACUCUCCUCAAAAUCAUUCAUUGGGACAAGCUCUUUGAAUCCGAUAGUCCUCCACGACUAGGCAUUGAGGUUGGCAAGCGGAUACCAUAUGCGACAAUGUCCGCAUUAUCAACAGGAGUGGCCUUGGGAUACUAUCACGGCAGCAAAAAGGCGGGUCUCGUGUUUCGAGCGGAAAAUGCGCAUCGCUUCCCCACGUCGUCAACGGGUUGGUUCCAAUACCACAAAACGAAAAACUAUAUUGGCGUAGUCGGAGGUGCGAAAGAUGGUGCUAAAAUGGGCUUCAAACUCGGUGCUGGUGCACUUGCCUUCUGCCUGUUCGAGGAGACAGUGGACUACGCUCGGCAUGACGAGAGAGAUUUCUUAUCCACCGUCACGGCUGGGCUGUCAUUCUCCGGAAUAUACAGCUUGCUUGCUCGUCACGAUGUCUACACUGCCGCCCGAACAGCCAAGCUUGGAUUGAAGCUUAGCUUCACAUAUGGAAUAUUACAAGACGCCCUUGAGACCUUGAAGGGAAACCACCCUGCAUACAUCGACUUCAUCAUGGGUAACCGUCGGUCGAAAUCUCAAAAGGAAGGGUCGGUUUGA